CAUCCCUUCUCUGUUUCAAAACCGUAUCUAAACGUUCAUGAAACUGGAAAUUCUAAAAUUCAUGGUAUAAGCUUAGCUUUUGAUCCUCUCAAGUCUCCUCAUUACAAAGUUAUAUGUGUUCGCGAUUCUGUUUCGUCUCCUCAGCAUUAUCAGAUUGAAAUCUACUCAUCUCAAACAGGGCCAUGGAGACUAUCAGGUGAUCCAUUCAUUGCUGAUGUUAAUUUCUCCAAAGGAGUUUAUUGGAAUGGAUCAAUUUAUUGGAUUAGUACUAUUGGAAACUUGACUUUUUUAUAUUUCAAUUUUGAUUUUGAGAGCUUAAGAAUAAUGCCAAUGCCACAUUUUCCAGAUGAUCAAGGAACAACUAUAACAUAUUUUGGUGAAUCUUUUGGCCAUUUGCAUCUCACAAAAAUUUCAUUUUACACAAUUCGAUUUGAUGUAUAUGAGAUGAGAAGGGACGAUUCUGAAUGGUUUAUUAAGUACAAGGUUGAUUUUGAACAUCCUUAUGAUCAUGAGUUGAAAUAUUAUAAUUUUGCGAUAAUAUCUCUGGUUCGAGGUAAACGAGAAGAGGAUGCAUUUUUUGUUCUGGCAGUUGUUAAUGAUGAUAAGGUAAUGAAGUACAAUUUUAUAAACAAGACCUUUGAGAAAUUAUGUGAUUAUGAUGUUGAAGAUGAACAAGUUUUUUAUUGUAGUACAAUUGGUGCUUUUGAGUAUAUUGAGUCUUUAUGUUGUGUUUGAAUCAUUUGCAUUCCUCUUAUAUUAGUAAAAACUCAUAAAAUUGUUUGUUUUCUUAUGUAAUAUUUGG